GAAAGGUCUGACAUUUAUCCUAAAAGUCAAAACUUCAAUAUCGUAAAUCAUAAAGUUAAAGUGCCUAUUAACUAUUGUUGUCUAGCGAGGUGUUAUCAUAAAAGGUUAAGUACCCUAGUUGUCUUCAACUCGAAGGUAGUUGUCACUUGUCAGGUACAACUGUACCCCAGGAGGAACAGCCAGUAUAGUUAGAAUUUAGUUUGAGGACAUACUAGCCGGUGCUGUGCGCGUGUUUUAUUUGUUCUUCAGUGAAAAUAAUUCAAAAUGAUUUAUCCAGGCCUCGCUGUUAUUUGGAUUUCAUCAAUAACAAUAACUAUUGUUGGGAGUGUUGACUAUGACUUGUCUGCAAUUCGAAAAUACAAUGGUAUUUUCUUUACCUUCGACUCCAAUGGGCGGCACAUGCAUCUCAACCAAGAGGUGGACAAACCUCGUGAUGACUUGCAGAAGAAAAACAAAUUCAUCCCCGAGGUGGACCUAAGCAAGUGCCCUGGAGACACCUUCUGCGAAGAGGCUGAGAACUACCCCUAUACCGAGGUCGACCACCAGCUUGCUCAAGCUGGUGAGGCUGAGUACAAAUUCAUGUUUGGCGUGGACGAAAUCGAACUGGCCACCAAAAUGGACCACUCGAUGGACAGGGUUGAUGUGGGGGGAACCGACCCUCACAGUGUCAUUCGUCCAAUCUGUGAGUCUAAGACGAAAGUCAUUUUUCCUAGGAUUGCGAAGAACAAGUACCAACAAUGGAAAUACGUUGUUAACCAAGGUGUGGAGAGAGUCCAGGGUAUAGCCGUUGAAUGGUGCAGCGGUAUGGGACGUCAGUGUAGCUACUUGAGAUCUUCUCACAGAUACAUGUUCCCGGUCUGUGGUCAAAAAUAUUCCUAUCGCCGAUUACUGUCGAUAUCACAUGAUGGAAUAUUGGAAUCCGAUAUUUUUGAAUUUCCUGUCGCUUGCAUUUGUUAUCUGAAAGCAUAUCUUCCUGUAUAGAGAAGAAGGAAUAGAAAGAAAAUAGUGUUUGAUGAAUGAAGGCCUAAUCGAAGCUGAAAUAUAUGAAGAAAAACCAUAAAUAUGAGAAAUACGAAAACAAUUUUCCCAUUUUUCCUGAUGUCAAAACAUGAGGAACAAAUUUUUUCAAUUUGAUUGACAUUGUAUUUUAGGAUAUGUAGAUAUGUGAAUAAUUUGCGAAUAUUUAUAUAAUAAAUUA